CCUCUUGACAUCGACAUCGCCUCCUCCAUACUGCUGUCGGCCGCCAGGAACCACGCGCACAAUUUGUCAGCCAGCUAGCAAACGUACGACUCCAGGACGUAUUCAUCACACCCACGCGACAGCCCCGCUACAGAAACAGGAACAGAACAAAUCAGCUACAUUUAAUUAUCCACGCGCUCAAUAAACCAUGUCUGUCACAGCUGCUCCAACGAUCGUCCCCUGUAAAUACAAAACCGGCCGUAUCCUCGGCGAGGGAACCUAUGCUGUUGUGAAGGAGGCCGUCAGCAUUGAGACAGGAAGGAAAUAUGCCGUCAAAGUCAUUAGCAAGAAACUCAUGGAGGGAAAGGAGCACAUGAUUCGGAACGAGAUUGCAGUUCUCCGCCGUAUCUCCGUCGGCCACGCCAACAUCCUAACCCUGGCCGAUUCUUUCGAAACGCUCAAUAACCUGUAUCUGGUAACCGAGUUGGCCGAGGGAGGCGAGCUAUUUGACAGGAUUUGCAGUAAGGGCAACUAUUAUGAACGGGAUGCUGCCAAUAUUGUCCAGACGAUCUGCAGCGCGGUCGCAUAUCUACAUGAUCAGGGAAUUGUUCAUCGAGACUUGAAGCCAGAAAACCUUCUCUUCAAGACGAAGGCCGAGGAUAGUGAGCUGAUGAUUGCAGACUUUGGUCUAUCAAGGAUCAUUGACCACGAGAAAUUUCAUCUCCUCACCACAACUUGUGGAACACCUGGAUACAUGGCACCAGAGAUAUUCAAAAAAUCUGGGCAUGGGAAACCUGUCGACAUGUGGGCCCUGGGUGUGAUCACCUACUUCUUACUCUGCGGUUACACGCCCUUUGACUGUCAGAGCAGUAUGGACGAGAUGCAUGCUAUCCUAAACGCUCAGUAUCAAUUCGAACCCAUUGAGUUCUGGCAAGGCGUUUCAGACACAGCGCGGUCCUUUGUGAAUGGAUUGCUAACUGUGGACCCUAGCCGUCGCAUGACUGCCAAAGAAGCACUCGAACACCCCUGGUUAGCCCAACUCUCGCAGACAGAACCAUCCCUUAGCCAUCAGCAGCAGCCAGCAGAGAACCAGUACCCGCAUGGACAGGAUCCUAUCGGAUCUACAGACAUGGAUGGCGUGGAGCAACAUGACUUGUUGCCGAAUAUGGUGGCCCGUAUGAACGCCCGGAGUAAAUUCCGUAAUGCGGUACAGGCAGUUAAGGCCGCAAACAAAAUGCGUGCGCUCCAGAAUCAGCUCGGACAUGUGCACCCUGAAGAUGUUUCGCAUGUGCUUCAUCAAGGCGAUGUGGAUAUGGUGUAGAGUUGUCGCACUAUAGUAGUAUCUAUUCAGCAGGCAACGCAUCUGUCAGCUUCGCAAGGUGAUGCGGAAUAAAAUCAACCUCUUACACACCUAUGGUCCUUG